UGGAAGCAGAUACUGCAACAACCUAUUCCUCUGUAAUAACAGACAUGACCAAGCCACUGCUCAAGACAGACAACAUCUUGAGAGAACUCCAAGAGAAUGAAGUGCUGGUCAAGGUUUAUUCAGUUCCAGUCAACCCAAGCGACAUCUUCAACGCAGAAGGAUAUUUUGGCAAACUAGCUGAGUCUCCAGAAGGCCAUGGUAUUGGAUUUGAUUGAUCUGGCCAAGUAGUUAAGAUUGGGGAGAACGUUGAUGCGAGUAUUCUUGGGAAAAGAGUCGCGGUUAACCAGAUAGUCUCUGUUCCUGGCUAUGAAGGAUCUUGGAGACAAUAUCUGAUUACUUUUAAAGAUAAUUUGAUGAUCUAUCCUGAUGAUGCUGAUUAUGAUCAAAUCAGUAGUAGCUUCGUAAAUCCACUCACUGUGUGAAACUUCUGGUAUUAUAUUAAAAAGCAUAGUUAUAAAGCUGUGAUCCAGACAGGAGCUUCAUCAAGCUUAGGAAAGAUGUUCCACAAACUCUGACUUGAAAAAGAUGUAAAAAUAAUCAACAUUGUAAGAAAAGAUGAACAAGUGAAAAUUUUAGAAGAUCUUGGCUCUACUCACACUCUUAACUCAAGCAGUGAUACAUUCAAAGAAGACCUAGCAAAGGCUAUCGAAGAGCUUCAACCAACAGCCUUGUUUGAUUCUGUAGGAGGGAGCACCACAAAAGAUAUCUUAAUGUCAAUGCCAUUGUUCUCCACAGUAUAUAUCUAUGGAUAUCUUGACUCUACAGGAACUUUUGCUUUUAACAACAGAGAUCUUCUAUCGAGAAGAGCUACUCUUACGACUGCUUUUGCUCUGGAUAUAAACCAAUUCUGUACUAAGGAGGAGAUCCAGUCAUACCAUGAACUUAUCUCAAAAGAUAUUUAUGAAGGCGGCAAGAUAUUUGGCACUAAAGUAGUCUCUACCUGUCCAAUGACUGAAUUUGAGAAAGCUAUCGAGGAGAGAGAAGCAUGUGCUAGCCAAGGAAAGAUCAUUUUGAAGCCAUGGGAAUAA